AUGACACCCACUGCGAUCGAACAGGCGUGCCCGUUGGGCGAUGCGCCGCUCAGUACGGUCUUGCGGCGCUCCUUAGAGUCACCGCCAGGCUCGCCGCUGCUUUUUUCUGGGGCGGGAGUUGUGCAGACGUCACCCACGCUGUCAUGGGUGUCGGCGGAGUCGCUUGACAGCAUUAUGUCUCUGGCAAACCGGACGGGUGAGCAGCUGGAGCUGGACAGUCUGGUCUACCGCCUCUGCCACUCCUUGUACUGCGUGGCGGAGACGAAGUCUGCGAAGAUGCACCGGCGCCCCGUGGAGGCGUGCUACGCCUCGGUUGGCGAUGAUACGAGGCGGUUCCACAACAUGCGUGGCCACGAGGACUGGUGUCCGCUGCGUCACCUUUUUGACCCCUCGAGCUACUACCGGGCGAUGGGGAGGUCGUCCAACCCGCAUGUGGGGUGUAAGUGUCUUGAGGAGACGCACGACCCCUCAAGCGGCCCAGCGGGGGCGUCAAAGUGGCUGGUGGACGAGCUGGAUGUGACGCGGCUCUCUGGCGGGAACAGUAACCACGUGUACCGCCUUGGGCACGCCUCGUACCCAGGCAAGGCCGUCCUGCUGCGCGUGUACGGUGACAGGGGCGGUGAGGUGAUUGACCGGGCGCGGGACAUCAAGGCAAUGCAGCUGAUGAGCAAAGCCAAGAUGAGUCCUGCUGUGCUGCACAGUUUUCACUGGGGGCGUGUGGAGGAGUUUAUGGACUCCGUGUGCACAUGCACGACGGAGAUGCUGCUGGCGUCGCCACCGCUGCUAGCCGACAUAUAUGAAGGGCUCUGCUACAUGCACCAGUUGGACGCUGCCCCUUUUCUGCCGGAGAACAUCAAUGGCGUCAAGCCUUUCGGGAGAUUUGUGUCUCGGAAGACAAGCGUAGAUGAGUUGGCCUCCUUGCUGGAGGGAAGUGCAGGCUACUACAGCACCCUGGGGCGUGAGAAAGCCCUGGAGAGCGUGUGCCCGACGUCGUUUGAGCGUGCUAGUUUUCGUCUGCUUCGACUGAUGUCGUCGCACGUCUUGGAAACGCACCGGCGGGAGCUGGUGGACUGGCUUGCGGGGGAGAUCAUGUUUGUGCGCGGCGAGAUGCUGCGACGCGACAUCCCUGUCGUGUUCUCGCACAACGACCUGAAUCCUGGCAACAUCCUCCUGGCGAGGCGGAAGGUGCCGGCGGCGUUUCGCGACGGUGGCCCUCGGGGGAGCAGCGGCGAUGGGGAGCGGCCGGCGGAGGGCGGGGGACGAAAUCUUGUGGAGCGUCGCGGGCACCUGUUCAUUGACUUUGAGUACACGGACGCGAACUACCGCUGCUUUGACCUUGGCAACACGCUCUGCGAGCUGGACUACGACUACACGCGGGGCACGGAGGCGGGUGGGCGCGGGUUCAUCAAGUUUCUCUGCGUUUUCCCACCCGCCGCGAAGGCGGAGGCAUGGCGCGGCCUUGGCGAGGAGUACCCGCGACUGCCGGAGCUGAUCCUUGACGCGUGGCGAAGGGGGUGCGACGACGACGACGACGACGGGGCGGAAACGAGGGACGUUGGCGCCGCCGCCUUGCAGGCGGUGCGUAGGUACUUCGCAACGCAGAGCGGGGCACCGGCGAGCGAAGUGCCGGUAGCCGAGGCGCAGCUGGCUGAGCUGCUGCUCGGCAUGCUGGCCUCCCACCUCCAUUGGACGCUGUGGGCGUUGGUGAUGGGGUGCGCGCCGGACGAGUGCGCCGACUGCGCGGCGGACGCGGAGGCGUUUGCGCUUGGAGGAAGUGGGCUGGACUACGUGCGCUAUGGGGAGUGCCGGCUGAAGGAGUACAUCGCGCUUCGCCACUGGCUUAUUAGCCACGCACUCAUUUGA